AUGGCUGGCUUGUUAGCUGGUGAGCCCUCCCAUCAUGGAGCACCUGAAGGAGGCCACAAAGUUUUCCAGGAAAAGACAGAAGAAGGCAGUGGGCGCUGGUAUUUCUCUAGGAAGGAAAUCGAAGAAAAUUCCCCUUCUAGACGAGAUGGCAUUGAUUUGAAGAAAGAGGCCUACCUACGCAAGUCUUAUUGCACGUUCUUACAAGAUUUGGGCAUGAGGCUAAAAGUGCCGCAGGUGACGAUUGCUACAGCAAUCAUAUUCUGUCAUCGCUUUUUCCUGCGGCAGUCUCAUGCGAAAAAUGACCGUUGGACCAUUGCCACAGUAUGCAUGUUUCUCGCGGGUAAGGUUGAAGAAACUCCACGUCCUCAAGAUGUCAUUCUCGUCUCGUAUGAAAUCAUUCAUAAAAAAGACCCUGCAGCUGCCCAAAGGAUUAAACAGAAGGAAGUAUAUGAACAACAAAAGGAACUUAUUCUGCUGGGAGAAAGGGUGGUUCUCGGUACACUCGGUUUUGACCUGAACGUGAACCACCCAUACAAACCCCUGGUGGAGGCAAUUAAAAAAUUUAAGGUUGCCCAAAAUGCCCUAGCUCAAGUAGCGUGGAAUUUUGUGAACGAUGGGCUGCGGACAUCCUUAUGCUUGCAGUUUAAGCCCCACCACAUAGCGGCGGGUGCCAUUUUCCUUGCCGCCAAAUUCCUGAAGGUGAAGCUCCCGCAUGAUGGUGAGAAGGUCUGGUGGCAGGAGUUUGACGUCACCCCCCGCCAGCUGGAGGAGGUUAGCAACCAGAUGUUGGAACUUUACGAACAAAACAAAGUGCCUCAGUCUCAAGCUGGUGAGGCUGAAGGCAGUGCCGGUGCCAGCGAAAGACCUCCGUCUAAAAAUGACGAUCAUGUCCCUACCCACAGUUCCUCCCACGGUGGGUCCACCUCAAAGCAGUCUUCCUUGAAGCCCGGACAGCCCAAAGCCGUCCCUGGCCAAAACGGGCCCCCCAAGCCCGCCCAGGCCCGAAAUGAGUCACAGAUCAACAGCACCACCACGCCGCCAGCUGGCAAGGAAGAAACUACUGAUGUUAAUGAAGAAACUACCGAGAGAAGGGAGUCUAGUAGAAUUAGUAAUAACAACCCAGUAGAAAGGAAGGAUAAAUUCCAAGGAAAGACUUCCUCUCCCCAGGAUGCGAACAAGAAGCUCGACCGUGAGAAGCUGAAAGCAGCUUACGAGAGGAGGAAAGCUUCCGGGGACAUAACUCGCAAGGCGGACCCAGUGGAUGAGCUCGAGCGGGAGCUCGAGGAUGUCGAGGUCCCGACCGAUAAACAGGAGAAAAAGUCAAACUGGUCAAAGCCUGCCGGGGUUGAUUUUGAUGGUGUUGAGGAGGGUGAAGUGGAGGAAGUGUUUGAUGACGGGAGGGAGCAUCAGUCGAGCGCACGGAAAAGAAAGCCCGGAAGCCCGUUGGAUAAGGCGUCGGCCCAUAAACAGGCUCAUUAUCCGGAGGAUAGAAAUGGGCUAGGGAGGUAUUCGGAAAGGGAUCACAAGAGGCACCUGCAGGAAAACCAUGUCUGA